AGGUGCAUCUCCCGAAGAACAACAUCGACAAUUUUUGCGAAAUGUCGCGAAAGUGACGCGAAAACUUGAUCAGAAGCUCAGUGGAUUUAAAGAGAAGAAAAAAUCGGAAUGUUUUGGAGUGUCUUUGAGUGUGUGAAGUUCGGAAAUGAUUGACAAGUGGUGAAGAAAAACCGUGGGUCAAAAGACUCAAGACAUUUAUCAGCCCUUUCGUGGAAAAACCAUGGAGUUGUUUCGGAAUUUCUGCGGUUUUCAUCUUUUGGCGUUGACUGUUUUGGCCUCCGCUGAAGAUUUUUCAACUGAAGUGAAAAGAAGAAGACCAAAGUGCCACAAGUUUGCUGAUGGCCAAGGGAACAUUUCAGACAGACUCAAUUCCACCAUGAUGUUAGAGGACCUGAGACAAUACCUGAAGCACUACUACACUGCAUAUGUAGUGACAUGGACCAAUGAACAUCUGAUGGAGUUCACAGGAAAGUGUGAAAACAGACUGGCUGCCAUUUCUGGGUUUCCAGGAUUUGGUUAUGCAGUCAUCACAGGGGACAGGGCAACUUUGUGGACCAAAAAGAUGCUGGUGCCCUUGGCAGACAGAACUGUUGAUUGCAACUGGCAAAUCCUGGAGCUGGAUUCUAAGGUGCAAUUGAGCCUUCCUCAAUAUCUUGACAAAUUUGUCAAGCGGAAAGGAGAGAGACAAAAUGUUGUUGUUGUUGACCCAACCUUGAUCUCAGCAACCACCUUCUUGGACUGGAGGAGUCAACUUGAGAAAGUCAACAUUUAUUUUGGAGGCAUGAGGGAAAACCUGGUGGACAGGGUCUGGAGAAACAGAGCCCCUUGUGCUAGGCAAAGUGUUGUGUAUCACUUGCCAACAGCCAUGACAGGCAAGCCCUGGGUAGAGAAAGUCAAAGAGCUCAGAAAGGACCUCAGAGACCAGUUGGUGGAUGGCAUCCUGGUGACAAGCCCUGAUGAAGUUGCUUGGCUGCUCAAUCUCAGAGGGAAAGACUUUUCCUACCAGGAACUUUUCAGAUCUUAUGUUUACCUGAACCAGAGCUCUGUGCACCUCUUUGCCAAUGGAUUGGAAAAAGAAGCUCACAGAGCCCUCAAGACAAGAACCUGCGACCAAGGCAAAAACUGCGUCAUUUUGCAUGAUUAUGCAAAAUUUGACACUUUUCUGAAAGAAACGGUGCCCAGAACCUCCGAAAGGAUUCUCUUGCCAAAGCAAUAUGGAACUUCCUUCGGCGUCAGCACUUAUAUUUAUGAAACUAUUGACCAGCAAAUGGGAGGAAGAUUCAAGUUCACCAAGUCCCCAAUUCAAGACAUGAAAGCUGUGAAGACGACUGUUGAAAUUCACGCCAUGAAAGAAGCAAAUUUCAAGGACUCUGUGGCUUUUGUGUCUUUCAUGGCUCAGCUCGAGCAAAAAGUGAAAAUUGGACUGAGUGUGUCAGAACAUGUUGCAAUCAAUAUGCUGGAAAAGAAGCGGGAGGACCAAAAGUGGUACGUUGGCAACAGCGUUCAUCCAAGAUCCUAUUACGGAAUCAACACAGCGGAUCCAACUUAUUCAGCUUCUCUGAAGCAAUCACUUCCCAUAGGAAACAAUUCACUUUAUGUGAUACACUCUGGAGCCCACUACAGAGGGUUCCAACCACUGACUUUUGUGCCCUUUGAGCCAUCCUUGAUUGACUGGAAAUUCCUGAGCUUUGAACAGGUGGCUUGGCUGAACAAGUACAAUGAUGACACCAGGAGGUUCAUUGGAGAUCAGUUACUGGCCAACAAGCAAACCCUGGCCCAUGAGUGGUUGGUAGAAAAAACCAAGAUGGCUUCCUCAGAGAACUGCAUUCUGGCUGCCAUUCAGUCUUCAGCAAGAAGCGGGAUGUCUCUCUCUCUCUCUCUCGCGGAUGCGAUGUCUGUGUCUGCGACGCGCGAGAAGAUGCUUGGCUCUAGCGUGGAUGGGGGAGGGUGGUGUGGGAAAAAGCGGAAGAGACGCGACGGACAGCGAGUCGUAAGGGAAUCGUGCUUUCUGACAGCGACCGGCAACCGGAUUAGUCAGCCGUGUGUCGGUCGGGUGCGAGAAAUGGCCGGGAUUCGGGAGAGGAGAGUGAGAGUGUAG